AGAUUUAACAUGAUCAGUCCAAACACAGAGAGCAGAGCUAACACACUGAACGGUCCUCAGGGCUCUACAGCAGCAGGAUGCUGGGUCAGAGGGUUUUACUGGUUGCACUACUGGUGCUGGUUUCUGUGGAGCAUUCAGAGUGUGUGCGGUGUUUUGCAAGAUUUAACCUGAUCCAGGGUCAGUGUGAGGGAGAGGUCGGAGAGGUGGAUGAAGACGACUGCUGUCAGAAUCCUCGCUAUGGUUACCAGGCAGAGGACGGGUUGUGCCACUCCUGUGGGCCACCUACAUGGUCUCCCUGGUCGCCAUGGUCCCACUGUAACGUCCUUUGUGGGGAGGGAGUGACACAGAGAAGAAGGAAGUGUUUUGGUAUCGGCCAGUCACAGUGUGAGAAGCCUGCAGACUUUCUAGAGACUGCACCAUGCACUGGCACCUGCUGCGAUGCUCAAGGGUGGGACCCAUGGCUCCCCUGGUCACCAUGCUCUGUGACAUGCGGAGAGGGUGGAGUGAGGACGAGAAAGAGGGUCUGUUCAGUCCGUCCUGAGUGCCGCUCUGCCUGCAGCGGCCCUUCAGAGGAGAAGGAGGCGUGCCCAGCACAAAGCACCUGUCCAGUUCACGGAGGAUGGACGGCUUGGUCUGUUUGGUCUCAGUGUUCAGGGACGUGUAUUUAUGACCAGAUAAGCAGCAAUAAUGAGGGCAGUAGAGUCGUCAUCCCCUUAAGGGUGCAAAGGCGCACCUGCUCUAACCCCGCCCCCUCCACUGACACGGUGCCACCUGGUAACAAUUGCGCUGGAGAUGACUCCCAGGUCCAGGAAUGCAGUGAACUCCCCAACUGUGCAGUUGAUGGAAAUUGGGGGGCGUGGUCUCCAGCUGGACCAUGCUCGGUCUCUUGUGGAGAGGGGCUUCAGCUGUCAAUGAGGAGAUGUGAUCGUCCCGCUCCUAAGUAUGGCGGCAGAUUCUGUAAUGGACCGAGCACACGGAGCAGCGUUUGUCAGAGUCCCUGUCCCGUGGACGGGCUUUGGACUGGUUGGUCCAACUGGGGGGAGUGUUCUUCUUCCUGUAUCCGACAAGGCUCAGUUCCCACCAGGACUCGCCAACGCACCUGCUCUAACCCCGCCCCUUCAUCCAACCCGCGUGGAGUGAGCUGUCAGGGUGAAGACAGGCAGACGGAGAACUGCAACCACCUUCCUCGCUGCCCAGUGAAUGGAGGAUGGGGGGCUUGGUCACCUUACUCUGCCUGUCCUGUUACCUGUGGCGUGGGUGCUCAGGUGUCAGUCAGGAGAUGUGAAAACCCUCCUCCCCAGCAUGGAGGCCAGCCAUGUCCUGGAGAGAAACGUCGCACCACCAUCUGUCACACCAACAUUCACUGUCCAGUGGAUGGUGUGUGGUCAGAGUGGUCACCGUGGCAAAAGUGUAAAUACCCAUUCGGUUCAAGGGACAUCCACUGCAAGCAACUGGGCGGCAGUCAGAUUCGAGAGCGUCAGUGUCUUCAUAGAGCUCACAACGGUUCUAUCUGCGGCGGAAAUGAUCUGACAGAUAGACGGGUCUGCUACGAUGUCAACCGCUGUCCCAUGAAAGGCACCUGGGAUGGCUGGGAGACGUGGAGUUUGUGUAAGCCUUCCUGCGGAAGACCAUCCAAACGCAUCAGGAGGAGACACUGUAAGCCAGACUACAGCGAGUACAAUCCUACUAUCGGUCGUCAAAGGGAGCCAGCGACAUUCUCUGGGACUCCUCUUGCAGACUGUGGCGCUGCGCCCGACAACGGGUUGAAGUUUGAAACUCAGCCAUGUGUCAAUAUUCCUCAAUGCCCCUGAAAACCACUGACUUUAAAAACACAACACUCAAUAUAACUCUGGGAUGACAGAAAAACAAGUCAUUAAUUUCACAUUUACACAAAAAUAUGGCCAAUCAGUUCAACAGCAGCCAACAAAUUAAACCAAACAAAACCUGCUAAUCGAGCCUGUUUUUUACUUCAUUUUUUAAGCAUUUUGUAAAAUUGUAAUGUUUUGUAUAAAGAUUUAUGUCAUUAAAGAGUGAAAACUAAAA